GAGCAGUCGUGCAUUCCCCGCCUCGCCUCGGGUGUAGGGAUUGCAAAAAAACAAAACUACACUGUCAAGACUGUGUAGUUUUGUUUUUAUGAUUAGAGGCUCUACAAUUCUCAUGCUGGGAUUGUCUAAAAAAAUCUUACUCUGGAUAAGGACGUCGUUCAAGAAGAUUUCGUUGGGCUUAGCCCACUCUUACAGGCACUUUGAGAGAUCAGAGUGCCUGUAAAGAUGACGACAAAAGCACCAACAUUUACGCAGCCAUUACAAAGUGUUGUGGCACUGGAGGGUAGUGCCGCAACCUUUGAGGCUCAUAUUAGUGGUUUCCCAGUUCCUGAGGUGAGCUGGUAUCGGGAUGGCCAGGUUCUCUCUGCUGCUACUCUGCCUGGUGUGCAGAUCUCGUUUAGUGAUGGCCGCGCUAAACUGGUGAUCCCCGCCGUGACAGAAGCAAACAGUGGAAGAUACACCGUACAAGCCACCAAUGGAUCUGGGCAAGCAACUAGUACUGCUGAACUACUUGUCACAGCUGGAACAGCACCACCAAACUUCUCACAACGACUACAGAGCAUGACUGCAAGGCAGGGAAGUCAAGUUCGACUUGACGUGAGAGUGACUGGAAUCCCUACACCUGUGGUGAAGUUCUAUCGGGAUGGAGUAGAAAUCCAAAGCUCCCCCGAUUUUCAAAUUUUGCAAGAAGGAGACCUUUACAGCUUAAUAAUUGCAGAAGCAUAUCCUGAAGACUCCGGUACUUAUUCAGUAAAUGCUACAAAUAAUGUGGGACGUGCUACUUCAACAGCUGAAUUGCUAAUUCAAGGUGAGGAAGAAGCCGUUCCUGCUAAAAAGACAAAGACAAUUGUUUCGACUGCUCAGAUUUCACAAACAAGACAAGCCAGAAUUGAAAAGAAGAUUGAAGCCCACUUUGAUGCCAGAUCACUUACAAGUGUUGAAACAGUCAUAGAAGGUGUGACAGCCCAACAGCUCCCACACAAAGCACCUCCAAGAAUGCCUCCUAGACCUACAUCAAAAUCACCAACCCCACCAAUAAUUGCUGCAAAAGCACAAAUGGCACGACAGCAAUCACCAUCACCUGUUAGACAAUCACCAUCACCUGUAAGACAUGUCAGAGCACCAACACCCUCACCAGUAAGGUCAGUUUCCCCUGCUGGAAGAAUCUCCACCUCACCUAUUAGACCAGUGAAAUCUCCAUCUCCAAUCCGUAAAACACAUGUAGUGACAACAGCUGGGGCUGAAGUCCUUCCUCCUUGGAAGCAGGAAGGAUAUGCUGCAACCACAGAAGCCCAGAUGAAGGAAACAAGAGUAUCUACAAGCACUACCCAGAUAAGAACUGAAGAAAGAUGGGAGGGGAGAUACGGAGUCCAAGAACAAGUUACCAUUAGUGGUGCUGCUGCUAGUGAGGUUGCAGCCGGUGCUAGAGAGGUAAGAAAAGAACCAGAGAAAACUCCAGUACCCACAGUGAUAAUUGCCACAGACAAAGUCAAAGAACAAGAACAAAUAUCAAGAGCUAGAGAAGAAAUAUCUACCAGACACGAGCAAGUGCACAUUGCUCAUGAACAGACUGAAGCUGGAAAAAGGGCUGAAGCUGUAGCUACAGUUGUUGCAGCAGUUGAUCAGGCACGUGUUCGAUCACCCUGGGAACGAGAACAAGCAGAUGAAGCCUAUGUAAAGAAGAAAACUCUGGAAUAUGGCUAUAAAGAGCACACUGUAACAGACCGUGUUGCUGAGGCCCCAGCAGAACGUCAUGUUGUCACUAAAGAAGUUAAAACUGUCUAUGUUCCUCCUGAGAAACAUAUCUCAGCUGCUGAAAAGAAGGAAGUUCAUAUUUCAACAGAGGUAAAAAGAGCAACAGAAACUAAGACUGAGAAAACAAUUCAUGUUGAACAUCCGCGACCCCGCACAGCAAGUCCUCACUUCACAGUCUCCAAAAUCGCUGUUCCCAAACCAGAUCAUACAUAUGAGGUUUCAAUAGCUGGAUCUGCCAUGGCUACUCUGGAAAAAGAGCUAUCAGCUACUUCCGCUGCGCAAAAGAUCACCAAGCCUGUGAAACCACCUCAGCUAAAGCCACAUGAAGUCAGGAUAAAAGCAGAGCCAGUUGCCCCUCCACACUUUCCCUUUGGAGAGGCUGCUGAGACCUAUAAAAGUCGCUAUGAUGUUGAGACUAAAAAAGAGACAGGUGUAAGCAUUAAAGGUGAAGCAGUGAGGGAAGAACACUUGGUGUUGCGGAAAGAAGGUGAAGCAAAGGUGACAGAAACUGCCAGAGUUCCUGUGCCUGCCGAAAUCCCUGCUACUCCACCCACCUUAGUCUCAGGCCUCAAAAAUAAGACUGUGACUGAAGGUGAGUCUGUGACACUGGAGUGCCAUAUCUCUGGUCAUCCUCAGCCUACUGUGACAUGGUACAGGGAAGACUACAAGAUUGAGAGCUCAAUGGACUUCCAGAUCACUUUCAAAGCAGGGCUUGCUCGCCUUGUGAUUCGUGAAGCCUUUGCAGAAGACAGUGGAAGAUUUACCUGCACUGCUACCAAUAAGGCUGGGAGUGUCAGCACAUCUUGCCACUUACACGUGAAAGUUUCGGAAGAAAUUGAGACUCGAGAAACCAUUUCCGAGAAGGCUGUUACAGAAGAGAAACGCUACGUGGAGACAAAGGACAUUGUAAUGGAAGAUGUCUCUGCUGCAGCAGAGGAAGUAUCAGGAGAACCCAUACCUCCUUUCUUCAUAAGAAAACCCAUAGUACAUAAAUUAAUUGAAGGUGGGAGCAUUAUUUUUGAGUGCCAAGUAGGGGGCAACCCAAAGCCACAUGUCUACUGGAAAAAAGGUGGAGUUCCUUUAACGACUGGCUACAGAUACAAAGUGAGUUACAAAAGAGAAACCGGGGAAUGCAAACUUGAAAUUUCCAUGACUUUUGCCGACGAUGCCGGAGAAUACACUAUUGUUGUUCGUAAUAAACAUGGAGAAGCUUCUGCAACGGUCUCCUUACUAGAAGAAGCUGAUUAUGAAGCUUUCAUAAAAUCGCAACAAGAAAUGAUGUACCAAACUCAGGUGACUGCAUAUGUACAGGAACCUAAAGUGGCUGAGGUAGCCCCAGCUAUUUCAUAUGGUGACUUUGAAAAAGAAUAUGAAAAAGAACAAGCCCUAAUUAGGAAGAAAAUGGCAAAAGAUACAGUGGUGGUCAGAACUUUUGUAGAAGAUGAGGAAUUCCAUAUUUCUUCUUUUGAAGAAAGACUAAUCAAGGAAAUUGAACUCAGAAUUAUUAAGACCACCUUAGAUGAACUUCUUGAAGAAGACGGAGAGGAGAUGAUGGUUGAUAUUUCUGAAUCUGAAGCUAUAGAAGCAGGAUUUGAUUUAAGAUUAAAGAAUUACAGAACCUUUGAAGGCACAGGAGUUACUUUUCAUUGCAAGACGACUGGAUAUCCAUUGCCAAAGAUUGCAUGGUACAAAGAUGGUAAACGCAUAAGGCAUGGAGAGCGCUACCACAUGGAAGUUCUGCAAGAUGGCAGUGCCAGUCUGCGUUUGCCUGUUGUUUUACCUGAAGAUGAAGGAAUUUAUACUGUCUUUGCCAGUAAUAUGAAAGGAAAUGCCAUUUGCUCAGCAAAACUCUAUGUUGAGCCAGUUGCACCCACAGCAACUCCAGGGUAUAUGCCAGGACCAGAAGUUAUGAGAAGAUACAGGUCUAUUUCUCCACGGUCUCCAAGCCGGUCUCCUGCCCGCAGUUCUCCUUCUCGUUCUCCUGCCCGCAGACUAGAAGAAACUGAUGAAGGACAACUAGAGAGACUGUAUAAGCCAGUUUUUGUGCUGAAACCUACAUCGUUUAAAUGUUCACAGGGGCAGACAGCAAGAUUUGACUUAAAAGUUGUUGGCAGACCUAUGCCAGAGACAUACUGGUUCCAUAAUGGUCAACAAGUGGUUAAUGACUACACCCAUAAAAUAGUGAUUAAAGAAGAUGGCACCCAGUCAUUGAUCAUUGUUCCUGCUAUGCCUGAUGACUCUGGAGAAUGGGCUGUAAUUGCUCAGAAUAGGGCAGGCAAAGCUUCAGUCUCAAUGACACUGACUGUGGAAGCUAAGGAAGACCUAGUCAGACCACACUUUGUGGAAAGGCUGAAGAAUGUUAGUGUAAAGGAGGGCUCUAGAUUGGAGAUGGCAGUGAAAGCUACUGGUAACCCUAAUCCUGACAUUGUAUGGCUGAAGAACAGUGACAUCAUUGUACCUCAUAAAUACCCCAAAAUAAAGAUUGAGGGAACCAAAGGGGCAGCUGCCCUUAAAAUUGAAUCUACUGCCCGGCAAGAUGCUGCAUGGUAUACUGCUACUGCUAUCAAUAAAGCUGGGCGGGACACUACUCGGUGCAAAGUAAAUGUUGAGGUUGAACAUGCAGAACCUGAACCAGAAAGGAGAUUAAUCAUUCCAAAAGGAACUUACAAAGCCAAGGAGAUUGCAGCACCAGAGUUAGAGCCUCUCCAUUUGCGUUAUGGUCAAGAGCAAUGGGAGGAAGGAGAUCUCUAUGACAAAGAAAAACAACAGAAACCAUUUUUUAAGAAGAAGCUCACAUCUUUAAGGCUCAAGCAAUUUGGACCAGCACACUUUGAGUGCAGGCUUACACCAAUUGGUGACCCAACCAUGGUGGUGGAGUGGUUGCAUGAUGGUAAACCCUUGGAAGCAGCUAACAGACUCCGUAUGAUCAAUGAGUUUGGGUACUGUAGCCUAGACUAUGGAGUAGCCUAUUCCAGAGAUAGUGGAGUGAUCACUUGCAGAGCAACUAACAAAUACGGUACAGACCAUACAUCUGCUACUCUGAUUGUGAAGGAUGAAAAAAGCCUUGUGGAAGAAUCCCAGUUGCCAGAAGGCAGAAGGGGACUACAGCGAAUUGAAGAGUUAGAAAGAAUGGCCCAUGAGGGUGCUCUUCCUGCAGUUGCAGUGGACCAAAAGGAAAAACAAAAACCAGAAAUCGUUUUGGUUCCUGAACCUGCAAGAGUCCUGGAAGGUGAAACAGCACGAUUCCGCUGCCGUGUGACUGGCUAUCCUCUGCCCAAGGUCAACUGGUACCUCAAUGGACAGCUCAUCCGUAAGAGCAAAAGAUUUAGACUCCGUUACGAUGGAAUCUACUACCUGGAUAUUGUGGACUGCAAAUCAUAUGACACAGGAGAGGUGAAAGUAACUGCAGAGAAUCCAGAAGGCUUUAUUGAACAUAAGGUGAGGCUUGAGAUCCAGCAGAGGGAAGACUUCAGAUCUGUUCUUCGUCGUGCUCCUGAACCCAAACAUGAGCCUGUAAUGACAGAACCUGGAAAACUUCUCUUUGAGGUACAGAAGGUAGACAAACCUGCAGAGGCAACAACCAAAGAAGUGGUGAAACUGAAAAGGGCUGAAAGAAUCACUCAUGAGAAGCUUUCAGAGGAAUCUGAAGAGCUGCGUAGUAAAUUCAAGCGUAGGACAGAAGAGGGUUAUUAUGAAGCCAUCACUGCUGUAGAACUUAAGUCUCGCAAAAAAGACGAAUCAUAUGAGGAAAUGUUAAAAAAGACAAAAGAAGAACUUCUGCACUGGACCAAAGAGAUCCCAGAGGAAGAGAAGAAAGCACUUCCUCCUGAAGGCAAAAUCACCAUUCCAACUUUCAAACCAGAGAAGGUUGAGCUUAGUCCAAGCAUGGAGGCUCCCAAGAUAUUUGAACGAAUUCAAAGCCAGACUGUAGCCCAGGGGACAGAUGCACACUUCCGUGUGAGAGUGGUGGGAAAACCAGACCCUGAGUGCCAGUGGUUCAAAAAUGGUGUGCAGAUUGAAAGGACUGAUCGUGUGUAUUGGUACUGGCCUGAAGAUAAUGUUUGCGAAUUAGUCAUCAGAGAUGUGACUUCUGAUGAUUCUGCCAGCAUCAUGGUGAAAGCAGUCAAUAUAGCUGGUGAAACUUCUAGCCAUGCUUUCCUGUUAGUACAAGCCAAGCAGUUAAUCAGCUUCACCCAGAAGUUACAAGAUAUUGUUGCUAAAGAGAGAGACUCCAUGGCAACGUUUGAAUGUGAGACAUCAGAACCCUUUGUCAAAGUGAAAUGGUUUAAAGAUGGAAUUGAGAUUCACUCUGGAGAUAAAUACAGGAUGCACUCAGACAGAAAGGCUCAUUUUCUUUCUGUACUAGCAAUUGAAAUGUCUGAUGCUGAUGACUACAGCUGUGCACUGGUGGAAGAUGAAUCCAUAAAAACUACUGCAAAGCUUACUGUUGAAGGUGCUGUGGUUGAGUUUAUUAAAGAACUUGAGGAUGUUGAAGUACCAGAAUCCUUCUCAGGUGAACUUGAAUGCGAGGUUUCCCCAGAAGAUGUGGAGGGGAAAUGGUAUCAUGGCGAUGUUGAACUCACUUCUAAUCAUAAAUAUGUGAUUGCAUCCCGCCGUGGUCGUCAAAUCCUCACUAUUAAAGAUGUUAAUAAAGAUGAUCAAGGAGAGUAUAGCUUUGUUGUUGACGGAAAAAGGACUCAUUGCAAACUGAAGAUGAAGCCUCGUCCAAUGGUUAUUCUUCAAGGACUUACUGAUCAAAAAGUCUGUGAGGGAGAUAUUGUACAACUGGAAGUUAAAGUCUCCCUAGAAAAUGUGGAAGGUGUCUGGAUGAAAGAUGGUCAUGAAAUUCAAUCAAGUGAUCGUAUUCACAUUGUGUUGGAUAAACAGUCACACAUGUUGCUGAUAGAAGAUGCAACAAAGGAAGAUAGUGGAACUUACUCUUUCAGUGUUCCUGGUCUUGGACUCUCAACCACUGGACGGAUCACAGUGUACAGUGUGGAAAUAGUGGUACCUCUAAAAGAUGUUCAUGUAGUCGAAGGAACAAAAGCUAUUCUCGAAUGCAAAGUUUCAGCACCUGAUGUGUCUUCCUCCAAAUGGUACCUAAAUGAUCAUCAGAUAAAGCCUGAUGAACGUGUACAAGCUGUAUGUAAAGGCACUAAACAGAGGCUAGUGCUUACCAGAACCCAUGCUUCAGAUGAAGGACAUUAUAAGCUAAUGGUUGGCAAAGUUGAAACAAGUUGCAAUGUCACAGUUGAAAAAAUUUGGAUUAUUAGAGGUCUUCAUGACAUCACCUGCACUGAAACACAGAAUGUAUCCUUUGAGGUCGAGCUCUCCCAUUCAGGGAUUGAUGUAAUUUGGCAUUUCAAAGGCCAAGAGAUCAAGGCUGGUCCUAAAUAUAAAAUUGAAGCACAUGGCAAAACAUACAAAUUGACAGUGGUGAAGAUGAUGAAAGAUGAUGAAGGAGAAUAUGUAUUUUAUGCUGGAGAGAAGAAAACAUCUGGAAAGCUUAUAGUAGCAGGUGGUGCCAUUUCAAAGCCUCUCACUGACCUAACUGUGGCUGAGUCCCAGAAAGCUGUUUUUGAAUGUGAGGUGGCAAAUCCUGAAUCAGAUGGCCAGUGGCUAAAAAAUGGUAGACCAUUACCUCUGACAGAUCAGUACCGUGCUGAAUCUGAUGGUGUAAAGAGAAGGCUCAACAUCCCUGCCACGAAACUGGAUGAUAUGGGUGAAUAUAGCUAUGAAAUAGCAAGCUCAAAGACAUCUGCCAAACUGAAGGUUGAAGCUGUUAAGAUAAAGAAGACACUAAAGAACUUGACUGUGACAGAAACACAGGAGGCAGUUUUCAGUGUAGAACUGACCCACCCUGAUGUGAAAGGAGCUCUGUGGAUUAAAAAUGGUGUUGAACUUGAAUCAAAUGACAAAUAUGAAAUUUCAGUGAAAGGAACUGUUCACACACUGAAAAUCAAACACUGUGUUGUCACUGAUGAGUCUGUUUAUAGCUUUAAGCUUGGAAAGAUAGGAGCAAAUGCCAGACUUCAUGUGGAAACUGUCAAGAUCAUCAAAAAGCCGAAGGAUGUGACUGCUUUGGAAAAUGCUGUUGUCUCCUUUGAACUGAGCGUAUCCCAUGAUACUGUACCAGUCCGAUGGUUCCACAAAAAUGUUGAGCUUAAACAAAGUGAUAAAUACAAGAUGAUCUCUCAAAGGAAAGUUCACAAACUUAUGCUACAUAACAUAUCUCCUGCUGAUGCUGGGGAAUACACAGCUCUUGUUGGGCAAAUUGAGUGUAAAGCAAAACUGUUUGUGGAAACCAUACACAUCACAAAGACCAUGAAAAAUAUCGAGAUCCCUGAGACCAAAACUGCCUCUUUUCAAUGUGAAGUUUCUCAUUUCAAUGUGCCUGCUGUCUGGUUGAAAAAUGGUGUGGAAAUUGAAAUGAGUGAAAAGUUCAAAAUAGUGGUCCAGGGGAAACUCCAUCAGCUCAAUAUCAUGAACACAAGCAGUGAAGAUUCUGCAGAAUACACAUUUGUUUGUGGAAAUGACAGAGUCAGUGCAACUCUGACCGUAAAACCCAUCCUAAUUACCUCCAUGCUAAAAGACAUCAAUGCUGAAGAGAAAGAUACAAUAACAUUUGAAGUUACUGUUAACUAUGAAGGUAUCUCAUAUAAAUGGCUAAAGAAUGGGGUAGAAAUAAAAUCGACUGAUAAAUGCCAGAUACGAACAAAGAAGCUCACACACUCCCUCUCCAUAAGGAAUGUGCAUUUUGGUGAUGCUGCAGAAUACACUUUUGUUGCUGGAAAAGCAGCUUCAUCAGCCACUUUAUAUGUGGAAGCUCGUCACAUUGAAUUUAGGAAGCAUAUUAAAGACAUCAAAGUUGUGGAGAAGAGGAGGGCUAUUUUUGAAUGUGAAAUUUCAGAACCUGACAUUCAGGUCCAGUGGAUGAAGGAUGGACAAGAACUCCAGAUUGGUGACAGGAUGAAAAUUCAGAGAGAGAAAUAUGUCCAUCGUCUCAUCAUUCCUUCCACAAGAAUGUCUGAUGCUGGUCAAUACACUGUAGUAGCAGGUGGAAACACAUCCAGUGCCAAUUUGAUAGUGGAAGGCCGUGACAUUCGUAUCAGAAGCAUCCGUAAAGAUAUUCAGGUCAUUCAGAGACAAAGAGCUGAAAUUGAAUUUGAAGUCAAUGAAGAUGACAUUGAACCACAGUGGUACAAGGACGGUAUUGAGAUUAACUUCCAAUAUGAGGAAAGAUAUAGUUAUGUGGUGGAAAGGAGAGUUCAUCGAAUGAGCAUCUUUGAAACCACUUACUCUGAUGCUGGAGAAUAUACUUUUGUUGCAGGACGGAAUAGGAGUUCUGUUGUUCUCUAUGUGAAUGCUCCAGAGCCACCCCAGAUUAUUCAGGAGCUAGAGCCAACCACUGUGGAGUCUGGCAAACCUGCCCGCUUCUGUGCUAUGAUAUCAGGCAAACCACAGCCCAAAAUUUCCUGGUACAAAGAUGAUCAACAGCUUUCUCCAGGUUUCAAGUGCAAAUUUCUUCAUGACGCACAAGAAUAUACUCUAUUGCUGAUUGAAACGUUCCCUGAAGAUGCAGCAGUGUACACUUGUGAAGCAAAAAAUGACUACGGAGUUGCUACAACUUCAGCUUCACUUUCAGUGGAAAUCCCAGAAGUUGUUUCUCCUGAGGUAGAAGUGCCAGUGUAUCCACCUGCUGUCAUAAUACCACUACGUGAUGCUGUUACAUCUGAAGGACAGUCUGCUCGUUUUCAGUGCAGAGUUACAGGGUCAGAUCUGAAAGUCUCCUGGUACAGCAAAGAGAGAGAGAUCAAGCCAUCGCGGUUUUUUAGAAUGACUCAGUUUGAAGACACUUACCAGCUGGAGAUUGCUGAAGCUUAUCCAGAGGAUGAAGGAAUCUAUACCUUUGUGGCUAGUAAUUCUGUAGGCCAAGUGACAAGCACUGCUACCUUGAAGUUAGAAGCUCCUGAAAAAAUUAUUCAUGAGAAGCUAGAGGAAGAGAUUGAAAUGGAAGUGAAAGUUGCACCGAUCCUGAGGAGAAGGCUCGAACCGCUGGAGGUGGCUGUAAAUCACGUGGCCAAGUUUACCUGUGAGGUAGAGACUGCUCCCAAUGUAAGGUUCCAGUGGUACAAAGCUGGCCGAGAGAUAUAUGAUGGGGACAAAUACUCCAUUCGCACCUCCAACUACCUCUCCACGCUGGAGAUCCCAAGGCCUCAGGUUGUUGACUAUGGAGAGUAUAGCUGUAAGGCUUCCAACCAGCAUGGCAGUGUAAGCUCUACAGCCCUUUUAACAGUAACUGAACCACCAAGGUUUAUUAAGAAACUAGACUCCUCCAGACUUGUGAAACAGCAUGAUUCCACAAAGUAUGAAUGCAAAAUAGGUGGAUCCCCAGAAAUCAAAGUUGCCUGGUACAAAGGUGAAACCAAGAUCCAUCCCAGUGAAAAAUACAGAAUGUCCUUUGUGGAUUCAGUGGCAGUCAUUGAAAUGCACAACCUCAGUGUUGAAGACAGCGGUGACUACACUUGUGAAGCUCAGAAUCCAGCGGGUAGUGCAAGCACCAGUACCUCACUGAAAGUAAAAGCACCCCCCAUUUUUACCAAGAAGCCCCAUCCAGUCCAGACCUUGAAAGGGUCUGAUAUUCACCUGGAAUGUGAGCUCCAGGGCACUCCUCCAUUCCAGAUUUCAUGGUAUAAAGACAAACGAGAAAUUCGGAGCAGCAAGAAAUAUAAGGUCAUGUCCGAGAACUACCUGGCUAGUAUUCACAUUCUCAGUGUGGAUACUGCAGAUGUUGGUGAAUAUCAUUGUAAAGCUGUAAAUGAUGUGGGAAGUGACUCCUGUAGUGGCUCUGUAACACUAAGAGCACCACCAACCUUUGUGAAGAAGCUGAGUGAUCUCACUGUCGUAGUUGGGGAGUCAAUUGAACUGCAGGCUGCAGUAGAAGGAUCACAGCCCAUUUCUGUUCUGUGGUUAAAAGACAAAGGGGAAAUCAUUAGAGAAAGUGAAAAUCUUUGGAUGUCCUAUUCAGAAAACAUUGCAACUAUGCGGAUUGGAAAUGCAGAACCAGCCAAUGCUGGGAAAUACAUCUGUCAGAUAAAAAAUGAUGCUGGAGUUCAAGAAUGUUUUGCCACACUGACAGUGCUAGAACCUGCAGUCAUUGUAGAGAAGCCAGGCCCAGUCAAAGUUACAGCUGGAGACUCUUGUACUCUGGAAUGCACAGUAGACGGCACACCAGAGCUUACUGCUAGGUGGUUUAAGGAUGGAAAUGAACUGUCCACUGACCAUAAACAUAAAAUCAGUUUCUUCAACAAAGUAUCUGGGCUCAAGAUCCUCAAUGCAGGACUAGAAGACAGUGGAGAAUAUACUUUUGAGGUGAAAAACAGUGUUGGUAAAAGCAGUUGCACAGCUUCAGUGCAUGUUUCAGAUCGUAUUAUACCUCCUUCUUUCACAAGAAAACUGAAAGAAACAUAUGGUCAGCUGGGUUCUUCUGCUGUACUGGAGUGCAAAGUUUAUGGGUCACCACCUAUUCUGGUUUCCUGGUUUCAUGAUGGGCAGGAGAUUACCAGUGGAGACAAGUAUCAGGCUACUCUUACAGACAAUACCUGUUCUCUGAAAGUGAAUGGACUUCAGGAAUCUGAUAUGGGAACUUAUUUGUGCACAGCUACUAAUGUAGCUGGGUCUGAUGAGUGCAGCGCAUUUUUGAAUGUUAGAGAACCACCAUCUUUUGUGAAGAAGCCUGAACCACUGAAUGUUUUAUCUGGGGCAAACAUAACCUUUACCAGUAUCAUAAAAGGCUCCUCUCCAUUGGAAGUUAAAUGGUUUAGAGGUAGUGUUGAGCUAGUACCAGGACACAGAUGCAAUAUCACCUUGCAAGAUUCAAUUGCAGAACUGGAGCUGUUUGAUGUAGAUCCACUUCAGAGUGGAGACUACACCUGCCAGGUCUCUAAUGAGGCAGGGAAGAUUUCUUGCACAACACAUCUUUUUGUCAAAGAACCAGCCAAAUUUGUGAAGAAGAUGAAUGAUUUAAGUGUAGAGAAAGGGAAAAGUUUAAUCUUGGAAUGCACAUAUACGGGUACUCUACCAAUUUCAGUGACAUGGAAGAAAAAUGGAGUAAAAAUAACACACUCUGAAAAGUAUAGCAUCACCACUACAGAAAAAUCUGCCAUACUGGAAAUCCCUAAUAGCAAACUAGAAGAUCAGGGGCAAUAUUCUUGUCAUAUUGAAAAUGAUUCUGGACAAGAUAAUUGUCAUGGUGCAAUCACAAUACUAGAACCACCUUACUUCAUUACACCCUUGGAGCCAGUGAAGGUGACUGUUGGGGAUUCUGCAUCCUUACAGUGCGAGGUUGCUGGAACACCAGAAAUGAUUGUGUCAUGGUACAAGGGCGAUACAAAGCUGAGAGGAACUGCUACUGUGAAAAUGCACUUUAAGAACCAAGUUGCCACUCUGGUUUUCAGCCAGGUAGACAGUAGUGACAGUGGGGAGUACAUCUGCAAAGUAGAAAACACUGUUGGGGAGGCUGCUUCAUCAUCUUUGCUGACAGUUCAAGAGUGUAAACUUCCUCCUUCUUUUACACGAAAAUUAAGAGAUGUUCAUGAAACUGUUGGCUUACCAGUUACAUUUGAUUGUGGCAUUGCUGGUUCAGAACCUAUUGAAGUAUCUUGGUUUAAAGAUGGUGUACAUGUAAAAGAGGACUACAAUGUUCACACAUCCUUCGUCGAUAAUGUAGCAACUCUCCGGAUUUUGAAGACAGAUAGGAGCCUUAUUGGACAAUAUACCUGCACGGCUACCAAUGCAAUUGGGACUGCUUCUUGUAGUGGCAGACUUGUCCUUACAGAAGGGAAGACUGCUCCAUUCUUUGACAUCCCAAUUGCACCUGUGGAUGGUAUUAUUGGAGAAAGUGCUGACUUUGAGUGCCACAUUUGUGGAACACAGCCUAUUAGAGUCGCUUGGGCAAAAGACAACCAAGAGAUUAGAACAGGAAGGAACUACCAGAUCAGUUAUGUUGACAACACAGCCCACUUGACCAUCUUGAGAGUUGACAGGGGAGACUCUGGAAAGUAUACAUGCUAUGCUAGCAAUGAAGUUGGAAAGGACUCUUGCACAGCUCAACUGACUGUUAAAGAACCAAAAACUCCACCUACUUUUACUAAGAAACUGUCUGAAGCAGUAGAAGAAACAGAAGGGAAUGAACUUAAACUUGAGGGCCGUGUUUCUGGAUCUCAGCCUUUGACUGUUGCUUGGUAUAAAAACAAUCAGGAAGUUCAUUCAAGCCCUCAUUGUGAAAUAUCUUUCAAAAACAAUACCUUACUUUUGCAUAUAAAGAGCAUAGAGCAAUCAGAUGCUGGUUUAUAUACCUGUAAAGUAUCCAAUGAAGCAGGAAGCGUGUUGUGUACAUCUUCUGUUGUUGUCAGAGAACCAAAAAAGCCUCCAGUUUUUGACCAGCCUCUUCAGCCAGCAGCAGCAGAGGAAGGUGACACCCUACAGCUCAGCUGCCACGUCCAAGGAUCGCAGCCAAUCCGGAUUCAGUGGCUGAAGGCAGGGAGAGAAAUAAGAGCUUCAGACAGAUGCAACUUCAGCUUUGCUAAUGGAGUAGCUCUUCUGGAACUUGCUGCAGUUACCAAAUCUGAUUCAGGAGAAUAUGUAUGCAAAGCUUCAAAUGCAGCUGGCAGUGAUACUUGCAAAUCUAAAGUAACAGUUAAAGAAAAACCAGCAGCUGCACCAGCAGCUAAGAAAGCAGAAUUGGAAGGAAAACUUUAUUUUGUGACAGAGCCUCAGAGUAUCAAAGUUAUGGAAAAGACUGUUGCAAGAUUUAUUGCAAAAGUUGGAGGAGACCCAAUUCCAAAUGUUAAAUGGAUGAAGGGAAAAUGGAGGCAACUCAACCAGGGAGGUCGCAUUAUAAUCCAGCAGAGAGGAGAUGAAGCCAAACUAGAAAUAAAGGAUGCAAUAAAAACUGAUUCUGGCAUGUAUAAAUGUGUAGCUUUUAACCAACAUGGUGAAAUUGAGAGGAGUGUAAACCUACAAGUUGAAGAAAGAAAGAAAGAAGUUGUUGAAGGGGAUCUCAGGGCAAAACUAAAAAGCACUCCAACAAAAAGGAAGGAAGAAGAGGAAGAGGAACCUAUUGAUAUCUUGGAACUUCUCAAAAAUGUAGACCCCAAGGAAUAUGAGAAAUAUGCUCGUAUGUAUGGAAUUACAGAUUUCCGUGGCCUCCUGCAAGCCUUUGAGCUACUGAAGCAAACCCAAGCAGAAGAAAGCCAUAGAUUGGAAAUUGAGCUCACAGAAAAAGCUCGAAGAGAAGAUCAGGAGUUUGAUGAACUUGUAGCUUUUAUUCAGCAACGACUCUCACAGACAGAGCCUAUUACUCUGAUCAGAGACAUUGAAAAUCAGACAGUUUUAACAGAUGAGGAUGCUGUCUUUGAAUGUGAGAUUAAAAUUAACUAUCCGGAAAUUAAACUUUCAUGGUACAAGGGAACCCAGAAACUGGACUCCAAUGACAAAUAUGAAAUUAGAAUUGAAGGUGAUCGCCACAUACUGAGAAUCAGGAACUGCCAACUUGAAGAUCAGGGAAAUUUCAGAAUAGUGUGUGGACCACACAUUGCCAGUGCCAGGCUAACUGUGAUCGAACCUGCAGUUGAACGGCAUCUUCAUGACACUACUUUCAAGGAAGGAAACACAUGCACGCUGUCUUGUCAGUUCUCUAUCCCAAAUGCCAAAUCUCAGUGGUAUAGAAAUGGGAGACCCAUUAAGAUAGGAGGGAGAUAUUCAACACAAGUCUCUGACAAAGUACACAAACUCAUCAUCAAGGAUGUUAGAACAGAAGACCAGGGACAGUAUACCUGCAAGCUUGACAAUCUAGAAACAACUGCAGAUCUGGCGAUUGAAGCGGAACCAAUUCAGUUCACAAAGAGCAUACAGAACAUUGUAGUGAGUGAACACCAGUCCGCAACAUUUGAGUGUGAGGUGUCUUUUGACGAUGCAAUUGUGACAUGGUAUAAAGGCCCGACUGAACUGAGAGAGAGUCCCAAGUACAGCUUCAGAAGUGAAGGGCGCUGUCAUUAUAUGACUAUUCACAAUGUUACUGCAGAAGAUGAAGGUGUAUAUUCUGUAAUUGCUCGCCUUGAACCAAGAGGAGAAGCAAGAAGCACUGCAGAGCUCUACCUGGUAACCAAAGAAAUCAAACUGGAGUUGAAGCCACCAGAUGUUCCUGAUGCCAAGGUUGCAGUUCCACCUCAAAAACCAGCUGAAGCUGCCCCUAUUCCUAUUCUUCUCCCUCUUGUUCCACCACCAGAGGAGAAAAAGCCAGCAGAGAAAAAGGUUCCAGUAAAGAAAGUCUCCAAAAAGGUGGCUAAAAAAGGUCCUGAAGAAGUCUUGCCACCUAAAGUUCCUGAGGUGCUACCAGAGAAGCCCAAAGAGAUCAAAAUAACAUCCAUGGCAAGGAGAGAAGAGAUUCAUGAAGAAAAGAAGGAAAUAUAUGAAAAGCCCAAAGAAACUUAUGAAGAAUGGGAAGAAGAUUACGGGGAAGACCAUGACUAUUAUGUCAAGGAAGAAGGCUAUGAUGAAGGGGAAGAGGAAUGGGAAGAAGAUUAUGAGAAAAGAGAAGUUACUUAUGAAGAAAAACGAGUAAUUCAUGAAGAAGUGGUUGAAGUUCCUAAGAAGCCUGUGCCUGAGCGAAAACCACCAGCAAUUACAGCUGAAAGGAAGGAAAAGAAAGAAGUAACAGUUCGUAAAGUGCCAGAGGUGCCCAAGAAAAUUCCAGAAGAGAAAGUACCCAUUGCUGUGCCUAGAAAACCGGAACCACCACCAGCCAAAGUGCCUGAAGCACCCAAGGAAGUAGUUGUAGAAGAGAAAAUCAAAGUUGCUGUGCCUAAAAAGCCAGAAGUACCACGAGUUACAGUGCCUGAGGUACCAAAGAAAGUGGUCCCAGAAGAGGUUUCAGUUAAAGUGCCAAAGAAACCAGAACCUCCACCAACUAAAGUGCCUGAAGUGCCCAAGAAAGUGGUUUCAGAAGAAAAAGUACACAUUGAAGUUCCUAAAAAACCAGAACGUCCGCCACCUAAAGUAAAACAAAUAAAUAUCUUUAAAGAACCUGAGGUGGUGAAGAAAGUUGUUCCAGAAAAGAAAAUACCUGUGGCUAAAAUACCAGAACCUGAGGUUGUGCCUGAAGAACCAGAACCUGUGGUUGUCCCAGAACCAGAGGCUGCACCUGAGGAAUCAGAACCUCUACCAGAGAAAGUUGUUAAAUUUAGAACUAACAUCUUUUAUGUACGUGAAGCGGCCAAGACAACUUUCCCAGAAAAGAAAGUACCUGCUCCAGUUUCCCAAAAACCAAAGCCCAUUGCAGGACCCCCAAAAGCAAAGCCUCAAGAAGUAGAACCUCAAGAACCGGAACCUGCUAGAGUCGCACGAAAACAAAAGCCUGUUGUGGCACCCCAAAAACUAGAGCAUGUUGUGGCAACUGAGGAGCCCAAGACUGUUUUGGCACCCCAAAAACCAGAAUCUGUUGUGGCAUCCCAAAAACCAGAGUGUGUUGUGGUGCCUGAGAAACCAGAGCUUGUUGUGGCACCUGAGGAACCCAAGCCUGAUGUGGCAUCCCAAAAACUAAAGCAUGGUGUGAUGCCCCCAAAACAAAAGCCUGUUGUUGAAACCCAAAAACCAGAGCGUGUUGUGGUGCCUGAGAAACCAGAGUUUGUUGUGGUACCUGAGGAACCCAAGCUUGAUUUGCCACCCCAAAAGCUAAAGCAUGGUGUUAUGCCCUCAAAACAAAAGCCUAUUGUGGAACCCCAAAAACCAGAGCCAUUCAUGGCCCCUGAGGAACCUGAGCUCAUUGUGGUACCUGAGGAGUCAGAGACAGUUGCAUCAACCCAAAAAUCAGAGCGUGUUGUGGAGCCUGAGAAACCAGAGGUUGUUGUGGUACCUGAGGAGUCAGAGACAGUUGCAUCAACCCAAAAAUCAGAGCGUGUUGUGGUGCCCCCCAAAACAAAACCUUUUGUGCCACCCCAAAAAACAGAGCUGCUUGUAGCACCUGAAGAAACAGAGUUUGUUGCAGAUUUCCAGAAAUCAAUGCCUAUUGCAGUGUCCAGAAAAUCAAAGCCUGUUGUGGCACCCUGCAAGCCAGAACCUGUCACAGUGCCUGAGGAACCAGAACCAAUUUUAGCACCCCAAAAACUAGAGAUUUCUAUGGCACUUCAAAAACCAAAGCCUGAAGUGGCAUCUGAAGAACCAGAGCCUGUUUUGGCACCUGAGGAACCAUCACCAGCCAAGCUGGCCGAAAAGCAAGAGAGUGUUGCCAUACCUAAAAAACAAGCAGCUCCACGGUCUAAAGAUACUAAUAUCUUUAAAGAGCCUGAAAUGCCCAAAAAGGCUGUCCCAGAAGAGAAAAUUCCUGUAGCUGUUCCUGAAAAAUCAGAAGCUCCAUCAGCCAGAAUGCCUGAGAUGCCUGAGAAGCCUGUCCCAGAGGAGAAAGUGCCCAUUGCUGUACCUAAAAAACCAGGAGCUCCACUUGCUAAAGUGCCCACAAAACUAAAAUAUACUAAUAUCUUUGAAGUGCCCAAGGUGCCCAAGAAAGGUGUCCUGGAAGAGUCCAUACCUGUAACUGUGCCAAAAAAGCCAGAACCUGCACCAGUUCGAG